UUGCAUUGUUCGUCGUACGGCAUCCCUAUAUGUCUCGCCUUCAAAAAGCCAAACCUUGGGAAUGUGUCGAAGACAGAAGUGUCGGUCUCGGCAUUUGACACCUGCUGUUCCAAUACUGUGAAGCCCGCGUCAGCCGUACAACUUUGGACACUAUCGCCAGUAACGGGCGGUUCGCUAGGAAUCCAAGUACGAGACGUAUCCUUCUUUUGGUUCAGAGUUUUGGCCCAUUUCUCCAUAUCUUUAGCGAUCUUUUUAGCGAUUUUCACUUUAUCUGAUUUCGCANNNUUCACAGUAUUGGAACAGCAGGUGUCAAAUGCCGAGACCGACACUUCUGUCUUCGACACAUUCCCUAAACAAGUGAUUCCUCACGAGUUGAAGGCAAACACAGAUAAUACGAAUCACUUCUGUUUAAGUGCUUAUGAAAUCAUAAGAGCAGAGGAGAAGCGGUUAACCGAUUGGACAAAGUUAGCCUGUCUUCUGUGUAAACGACAAUUCUCUACAUCAGAACUGCUCAAUAAACACAUACAGCUCUCAGACUUGCAUAAAUCAAAUUUGAAUGCUUUAAAACACCAGAGAUUAACUGAUGAACAAAUCGAAGAAUUAGAGAGAACUGAAAGAGAAGCUGGGUAUAGAGAUAGGGCUAAAGAAAGGAGGAAGAAAUACGGAUUACCGGAAACGCCUGAAACCAAUAAAAUGAAGACUAAAUAUUUAACUGAAUUAGAAGAGCGCUCUUCUAGUGAUACUGUCGUACAAUCACAUCAAACGCCUAUUUCUAACGAUAAUAUUGGCAGUAAAAUGUUGAAAGCCAUGGGUUGGACUGAAGGAUCAGGAUUGGGAAAAGCAAACCAAGGAACAAAAAAUAUCAUUCAAGUCGAGAGGAGAACAGAUGGUAUAGGACUAGGAAUGCGAUCCAAUGUAUGUCCGGCUCCGGCAGCGAUGAGUAGCGACAGGUACUCAAGAAUAACACAAACCAUGCAAUCAUCAGAUAUGGGAUACAGAAGUGAUUUUUCUGGGAAAACAAACUUAAGAAAAAUAGGUCGUAUGUAUACCAGUCCUUCUCUCGAUAGACUCAACUCCUUUGACAGAUACAGAACUCCGACUCUUUCGCGACAGAAGAGUAUUUAUGACUUAAACACUUACGAACCGUCGGAUCCUUUUCGCAGUUCCUCUCAAAUCAGUCUUCGAAACUCGAGUUUUCGAAGAGCUAGAGAUCCGAUCACAAGUGUCUCAAUUCCCAGAUCGAGAUACGCUCUCAAUGGCAGCAAUAGGUAUUCAAGUCCUACAGUGAGAUCACAUCACUUGACUUCUCAUACAAUAGCAGACCCUUUGGCUAUAUUGGAAAGAAGGGAUCAAUUCUUUAGUCAAUUGAAUGCUAUUUCUUCGCAAACACAUACUCGAAGACCGAAACCCAUUUUGAGCAAUACCUACUCAAAUGUGAUGUCACAUAAGUAUCACUGGCCUAUCACUACAUCUCACGACAAUUGGAGGGCGCGAUUGCGAGAGCGGCCAAACAUCUCGAACUUAUCCACAAAAUCUUUUAGAUCAAAGUCUCCGCUAUUGAGUUCAGGUGUAAAUUCGAGGGCGUCUUCGACCACCUCUUCCACUAAAUUGGAAGAAGCAGUCAAUUCAGAGACGAGAGAGGGUUCGUGUGUUCAGAGAAAGAGAGCAAAAUUUAGGGCAAACAGCAUCUCAGAGAAGAUCAUUAAAUUGGAAGAAGCAGUCAAUUCAGAGACGAGAGAGGGUUCGUGUGGUAUAAUUAGAAACCGUUAUAUAAUAAAGUUCAGAGAAAGAGAGCAAAAUUUAGGGCAAACAGCAUCUCAGAGAAGAUCAUCGAUAACAUGGGAUUUGCAAAAGAGUUUCACUACUGAUGCUAAGGCUUCAGACAAACCGCCAAUCAGUGAAGACUCGGAACAAAAUCAAGUUUUCGAGAGCAGAGACGCAGAAUCUAUUGCUCUAAACGUCGAAAGUAAGCAAAAAGAGUCGGUCUGUGAAGUACUUAACAAAUCGGAUAAUUUGGAUGAAAAUAAAAAAGAAAUAAAAAACGAGGAAAUAAUAAAAGAGUUAAAAGUUGAGAACAUCACAGAUAAGAGUCUCUCAAAUGAGUUGCAAACGAGAUAUAACGGCAGUCAACUGGUAAUUGAUAUCAUACCCAUUCAUACGGCCCAUACAACCCAUACAACCCAUACAACUCACACAACCCAUUCAGUUAUGCCGGAACCAAAUGGAGCGCUCAUUCACUUCAUUCAAAAACAAGAAGCUCUUCCUCUUAAGUCUUCUAAAGAACUUAAUACUAAAACCACAGAAAAAAGUCCAAAAAAGAAAAAAGUUAAGAAAAAAGAGGGAUUAAAAGUUUGCAAAGAUAUCAAUGAGAAUAUUGUCGUUGAAAAGCCUUUAGCUGAGAGCAAAGUCUUGGAUUUAAAGCCAAAACGAAUCAAAUUUAAGAAAUACACUUUCGAUGACUUCAAUCUCAUCAAAGUUCUCGGCAGAGGAAGCUUUGGAAAGGCAUCACAUUCUCAAUCCAUUCGUUCAAUGCAUCAGUUCUUCAUUUCACUCUUUUUAUCCCAAAGGUAUUGUUGGCUGAACUCAAAGAACAUUCGGUGUAUUUUGCAAUCAAAUCAUUCAGUCAUCGAAGACGACGACAUCGAGAGUAUUAUGAUUGAGAGAAAAGUGUUGGCCUACGGGAGCGCACAUCCAUUCAUAUGCAAACUGUUUUGCACAUUUCAAACAGAGUGGUGCUGUGGAGGAGAUCUCAUGUUUCACGUCCAGAAAAGUGGCAAAUUUGAUGAAAACAAAGCCAGACUAUCAAAGAUUAAUUCUAUAGUUCAGAAUUAUUUAUGUUUUGCAAUGGAGUGGUGCUGUGGAGGAGAUCUCAUGUUUCACGUCCAGAAAAGUGGCAAAUUUGAUGAAAACAAAGCCAGGACUAAUAAUAUUAAGCAAGUACAGUUUUAUGCUUCAGAAAUUCUGUGCGCCGUUGAGUUCAUGCACUCGAAGGGCAUUGUCUACAGGGAUUUGAAAUUAGAUAACAUUAUGAUCGAUCAAAAGGGUCAUUUAAGAUUAGUUGAUUUUGGGAUGUGUCAGGGAAAGAUAUAUAGGGAGGAGUUGUUGCCGUCCAACUUCUGCGGAACCCCCGAAUAUAUGGCGCCUGAGAUAAUCAAAGGCGUUAAAUAUAACCAAUCGGUGGACUUUUGGUCGUUUGGCAUAUUGUUGUACGAAAUGGUUUGCGGUUCGUCUCCUUUCCACGGAACUGAUGAGGAAGAGCUGCUUUGGAAUUUGCUAAACAAAAAUGCUGAGCAACGGUUGGGAAUGCCUAUGUGUACGGCCGGACCCAUACGGACACAACCAUUCUUUAAAAGUGUUGAGUGGCAUAAAGUGGAGAAAUGUCUAAUAAAGCCACCCUUCGUACCCGAACUCUGCUCAUCUUUUGAUGUCUCAUAUUUUGACGUGUAUUUCACUAAAGAAGAGCCAAAGUUGACACCAGUUUGCGAGAAAAUUACUCUUUCAAUCGAUCAAACAUUGUUUGAUGGCUUCAGUUAUACCAACCAUAAUAUGACCGAUUGA